UCUUUCUCUCUCUCAAUCACUCGUAUAAGUACCAAAUCUAUUCAUGGCAGCCACCACUUGCUCCUUACACCGUCUCACUCGCCUCCGAUUCAUCGCCAACCCCCAACCCUUCCUAUCACCUCAUUCAAUCCCGUUCCCAUCCCAUUUCUCUCUUAUCCCCAAAACCAAGAAACCCAAUCGAUUCCGAUUCUUCUCAAUGGCCGCCGAGCCCAAGGAAUCGCCCGCCAACAACCCCGGCCUCCACACAACUCCCGAUGAAGCUACCAAGGGUUACAUCAUGCAACAAACUAUGUUUCGAAUCAAGGACCCCAAAGUGAGCCUUGAUUUUUAUUCUCGCGUCUUGGGCAUGUCUUUGCUUAAGAGAUUGGAUUUUCCGGAGAUGAAGUUCAGCCUGUAUUUUAUGGGCUACGAGAAUACGACAGAAGCUCCAAGUAAUCCAUCUGAUAGAACGGUUUGGACCUUUUCUCAGAAGGCUACAGUUGAACUUACACAUAAUUGGGGUACCGAAAGUGAUCCAGAGUUCAAAGGGUACCACAAUGGCAAUUCUGAACCUCGUGGCUUUGGACACAUCGGCAUAACUGUUGAUGACACCUACAAGGCAUGUGAAAGAUUUCAGAAUCUGGGAGUUGAGUUUGUUAAGAAACCGGAUGAUGGGAAAAUGAAAGGUAUAGCAUUUAUUAAGGAUCCUGAUGGAUACUGGAUUGAAAUCUUUGAUCGAAAGACAAUAGGAAUUGCUACUCAAACUGCUAUUUAGGCUUAAAAUAACACCUUCAGCCUUCAGGCCCGGCUCUUGUGUGAUACAUUUUCAUCUCCGCAGAUUUAAUUGGGUGUUUGCUCCGAUGUAGUAUUUUUCAGCUUCCUGUGAAGAAUGAAUAAUUUGUAGUCAAACCAGAAUGAAUAACAAGGAUUGUGUUGAAUCUUAUAAAUAUAUAUUUUUAACUAAAAAUACAUUAUAAUUCGUAUUGUAGAAGCCUAGAAUGAAUUAUGUUUUAUUUAUUUAUUUACUUAUCAUGA